UUUUAGUAUUUUUAUAUCGAUUUCUCUCUAUUAAUCUCUUCUUGCCAAGCCUCGUAACGAUUGUUCGGCGGCCACUGAUCAUCCAGCCAUGGUGUUCGUGAAACCACAGAAGAAGCAGGCGUACUUCAAGAGGUACCAAGUCAAGUUCAGGAGAAGGCGUGAUGGAAAGACUGAUUACCGUGCAAGGAUCCGUCUGAUCAAUCAGGACAAGAAUAAGUAUAACACUCCCAAGUAUCGCUAUGUUGUGAGAUUUACAAACAAGGACAUCGUUGCUCAAAUAGUGUCUGCCACUAUCACCGGUGACAUUGUUCUUGCAUCUGCCUAUGCGCAUGAGCUUCCUCGUUAUGGCCUUAAAGCUGGUCUUACAAACUAUGCUGCAGCUUAUUGCACCGGUCUCCUUUUGGCUCGCCGUGUCCUUCAGAUGCUUGAGAUGGAUGCUGAGUACGAGGGCAAUGCUGAGGCCACUGGAGAAGACUACUCUGUUGAGCCGACUGACACCAGAAGGCCAUUCCGUGCUCUUCUUGAUGUUGGACUUGUUAUGACCACCACCGGAAACCGUGUGUUUGGUGCCCUCAAGGGUGCUUUGGAUGGUGGACUUGACAUCCCACACAGUGACAAGCGUUUUGCUGGGUUCAACAAGGAAGGAAAAAACCUUGAUGCUGAAAUUCACCGGAAAUACAUUUACGGUGGUCACGUUGCUGGUUACAUGAAGCUGUUGAUGGAGGAUGAGCCAGAGAAAUACCAGAGUCAUUUCAGCAACUACUUGAAGAAGGAUCUUGCACCCGAAAGCAUGGAAGAGAUGUACAAGAAUGUACACGCAGCAAUUAGGGCUGAUCCAUCAAUCAAGAAGUCUGACAAAGAGGCUCCUAAGGAGCACAAGAGGUACAACCCGAAGAAACUGACUUAUGAUGAGAGGAAGGCCAGUCUGAUCCAGCGAGUGAAGGCUUUGAACUCUGCUAUUGGUGGGGAUGACGGUGAUGAGGACGAAGAUGACGAGUAAACAUAGUGUCUUCUUCAAUAAUCUCUUUACCAUAAUCUUCUCUAUGGUUUUUUUUAUAUUUAUAUACUAGUGUCAACCAAGUUUUGUCUUUUGGUGGAUUAUGUAGUGACUGGAGGUUUGAACACCCCUUGUUUUCAAUCGAAUUCAGUUAAAACUUAGGCCUUCUUUAGAACCAUGUCAGUGGGGGUUGGUCUAAAACAUUUCCAAUAAAGAGAUUUGUUUCUGUCA